GGGCUCACUGGUGUCCCGCGGCGCCUUCUGCCCGGUGGGAGCCCCGCCUUCGCCCUGCGGCUGCCUCGCCCCAGCUGCCCGGGACGCUCGUGUGGCUGGUGUCAGCGCGCGGCGCAGGCCGCUCCGCCCUGCGGACGGAUAUACAACAGCGUGCAUAUAGACUUUUGCUUCUGACACCGUCACAGAACCCUGAAUACCUACCUUGUGUCAUGGCUGUAUAGAAGACCUCCAGCUGACAUUAUUAAUGGACUCCAAUGAACAUCCUUUUGGAGUCCACUGACUUUCAUAUCAGGGAUGCAUGCUGUCAUGGACAACAUGAAAGGGUAGUGCUGAAGGUUAUACAUUGACAACAAAAUUUUUGUUACUACUGCAGGCUGGUGAUCUAACACGGAAAAUAGUUAAUUUAGUUUUUGGCUCAAUUUAACUUCCAGAUAACUGCCUUUUUUAAUUCAGUGGCCCUAAGGAAACUACUUGAUUUUAGAUUUUUAAUGACAGCGUUGUCUUAAGAUGACAAAUUAGAAUGAGUAAAAGCAAAUUGGUUUCCUUCUGGAAAAAUUUUCUCUGUUGACCAUGUUUAACCAUUCUGUUUUAUUCAGCUAUUUUUUUUUUUAAACAUCCCCCAAAGAGUUAAUGCACCUUAUAUAGGACAUCUGACCUUUUGCAGCUUCAUAAUUCAUAUCUAGAUGUCACCGGUGUUUCCCAUGUUAACAGUUCUCAGCAUGUUUUACUAUAUCUGCCUUCGGCGCCGAGCCAGGACAGCUACAAGGGGAGAAAUGAUGAACAGCCGGAGAGCUAUUGAAUCAAACAGCCGAGCCUUACCUAUCAAUGUUGAAGUAGUCCAGUAUGCCAAAGAAGUGUUGGAUUUCAGUUCUCAUUACGGUAGUGAAAACAGCAUGUCCUACACAAUGUGGAAUUUGGCAGGUAUUCCAAAUGUGUACCCCAGUUCUGGGGACUUCACUCAGACUGCUGUGUUUCGAACUUAUGGAACUUGGUGGGAUCAGUGUCCUAGUGCCCAGUUGCCAUUCAAGAGGACUCCACCUAACUUCUAUAGCCAGGACUACGUAGAGCUUGCUUUUGAGGAGCCAGUUUAUCCCACAGCAGUGCAUGUUCUGGAAACAUAUCACCCUGGGGCUGUAAUUAGGAUUUUGGCUUGUUCUGCAAAUCCCUAUUCCCAAAAUACACCAGCUGAAGUAAGGUGGGAAAUCCUUUGGUCAGAAGCACCUACCAAGGUGAAUUCUCCUCAGGCUCGCCAGUUCACACCUUGUAUUAAACAGAUUGACUUUCCCACAAAUCUAAUUCGAUUGGAAGUAAAUAGUUCCCUUCAGGACUAUUACGCUGAAUUAGAUGCAGUAGUACUACAUGGUGUGAAAGAGAGACCUGUACUUUCGCUUAAGACUUCGAUGAUAGAUAUGAAUGAUUUGGAUGAAGAUGAUGAUGAAGAAAAGAAUGGCUCUGAAAUGGAUAGUCUUAAUAAACAGUUCAGUGUUGCAGCCCUCAGGGAAUGGACAACUAAUGGGUAUUUUGAUAAACUGCCUUAUGAGCUCAUUCAGUUGAUUUUGAGUCACCUUACUGUACCAGACCUGUGUAGACUAGCACAGACUUGUAAGCUACUAUAUCAGCAUUGCUGUGAUCCUCUACAAUACAUUCACCUCAGUUUACAACCCUACUGGGCAAGGAUAAAUGACACAUCUCUGGAAUACCUACUGUCUCGCUGCACUCUCAUCCAGUGGCUGAAUUUAUCUUGGACAGGAAACAGGGGAGCCAUAUCUGUUUCUGGAUUUAGCAGGUUCCUGAAAGUUUGUGGCUCUGAACUAGUGCGCCUUGAGUUGGCUUGUGGCCAUUUUCUCAAUGAGACUUGCUUGGAGGUCAUUGCUGAGAUGUGUCCAAACCUUCAGGAAUUAAAUCUCUCCUCCUGUGAUAAGCUACCACCUCAGGCUUUCAACCACAUUGCCAAAGUGUGCAGUCUUAAGCGUCUCAUCCUUUAUCGAACAAAAGUAGAGCAAACAGCACUGCUCAGCAUUCUGAACUUCUGUUCAGAGCUUCAGCACCUCAGCCUUGGUAGCUGUGUCAUGAUUGAAGACUAUGACCUGAUAGCGAGUAUGAUGGGAGCAAAGUGCAAAAAACUGCGUACUCUGGAUUUGUGGAGAUGUAAAAACAUUACUGAAAAUGGAAUAGCAGAACUGGCUUCGGGAUGUCAGCUCUUGGAGGAGCUUGAUCUUGGCUGGUGCCCUACGCUACAAAGCAGUACUGGCUGCUUCACAAGCCUUGCGCGUAAGCUCCCAAACUUGCAAAAGCUCUUUCUUACAGCCAACAGGUCUGUGUGUGACACGGACAUUGAAGAACUUGCCGCUAACUGUACUCAUCUUCGGCAGUUGGACAUACUGGGGACAAGGAUGGUAAGCCCUGCAUCUUUAAGAAAAUUGCUGGAGUCUUGUAAAGAUCUUUCUUUACUUGAUGUGUCCUUCUGUUCACAAAUUGAUAAUAGAGUUGUCCUAGAACUGAAUGCCAGCUUUCCUAAUGUGUUCAUAAAAAAGAGUUUCACUCAGUGACUCACUACGUAUGCCGCUAUGGAAUUCAUUUGACAGUGUUGUUUCCUGUGAAUUUGUGAUUACAUUUUUCUUCAAAAAAGAAAUUAAAAUCUUCCAUAAAAUGGAGGGAACGAUAUUCAUGAAAUGAGUACAUACUAUGUAUUUGGUGCUCCUGUACCUAGUAUUUGUUUUCCCUUUGUUAAUUGAUGGCACUGCAUGUGUUUAAAUAGCCACAUAUGUGGCCUAAAUUAGAGAAGAUGAAAAAAACAUAUUCUUGAUGCCCUUUUAAAGAAAAUUUUAUACAAUAAGAUACAUUAAAAUCCAGGGGAAAGUGAAGUUCUAACAUUUAGCAAUAGAGAAAUGAUGGGAGUUUCUCUGUCUUAUAGGUUGUAGUGUUUUAGUUUUGGCCUGUGGCAUAAGACCUUGUGAUCUGGUGUGUAAUGUGCUGUUUGAAAAAUUGUUUAAGCUGGUGUAAGAUCAGACUAGUUUGAAAAGCCACUUUUUUCUCUCCUUUUGUUGACAGUGACUGGUAUCUAUUUUAAAACUCUGAUGUGUCUGCUAAGAGUUUUUUUUCCCCCUUCAAAUGGAUGAAAUAUGGCAAUGUUUUACAGUCCAGCUUAAACAGAUAAAUACAAAAACCCACCAUAUGAGUUUAUAGCAGAAACGAAAAAGAAAAAAAAUUACCUGCUUCCUCCUGUACUGGAUAUAAAAUUUGUGUCCGAUACUUCUUGUCAUAACUGAUAACACAUAGAAAACCCAAAAGCAAUUUUCUUCAAAUUUCUGUUAUGUCAAGGUGUGUUGACUUGUGGUACAUCUGCCUUUCAUAUGAAGUACAAUAAUAGUGUUACUCAGGAUAAUGUAUUAGAAACUCUUCCUUUGUUGGAUACAUACCUACUAUCAAGUUUAAAAACAAAUAUUUGGUGUUCAGUAAAAUCAUGAUGAAAAUGUUGAGUUUGUAAACCAAAGACAAUGUGAUUUGGCUACGUCAGGGGUAGAUAACCUAUGGAACACGUGCCAAAGGCGGCACGCGAGCUGAUUUUCAGUGGCACUAACUUUGCCCGGGUCCUGGCCACUAGUCCAGGGGGUUCUGCAUUUUAAUUUAAUUUUAAAUGAAGCUUCUUAAACAUUUUAAAAACCUUAUUUACUUUACAUACAACAAUAGUUUAGUUAUAUAUUAUAGACUUAUAGAAAGAGACCUUCUAAAAACGUUAAAAUGUAUUACUGGCACGCGAAACCUUAAAUUAGAGUGAAUAAAUGAAGACUCGGCACACCACUUCUGAAAGGUUGCAGACCCCUGGGCUACGUACUAAUUUAUUCUGAGAUGGGUUGGGCUCUUUUCACCAAAAGAGACAAUAUCUUUGAUAAUCUAAAUCCUCUUUGCUGCUGUUAAUUCUUUGGAGGAGAGAGAUGAUGAUGAUGGUAGUGGAUGAAUGGUUUUCUUCUACUUUUUGCACUUCUCUGAAUGAGACAUUCUUUCCUCCGUGAUGGCACCAAUGCUAUUGUGAAUUGGUAUUUACAGCAUGUACUCAUAUUUGCAUAACUCCUGUCUCUUUAGACACUACUAAUGAACACAGACCCCCAGACAUGAUCUCUCAUUUGGGAUCAGCUCCAUUAUUGCCACCUUUAUAGCAGAUGCUGUACAAUGUUUCUUCCUGUCCAUUGGAAAAAUAGGCAUAACAUUUUGCAUGGAAGAAGGCCAUCCCUAUACAGAAGAUCAUCAGCAAAGAAAAUGUAAACUGAUGCAGUCCUGUCCACUGGAAGAGAAGUGCCUCAAAGCAUCAAUGAACCAGUGACCUCCAUGGACCUAAAUUAGCAUUUCUGAACUCUCCACACCAAUGCCAAUGUUUUAUAAAUCAUUUUGUGAAACAACUAAAGACCAUUUUUCUGUUUUUAUAAACCUCUAUUCUGAUUUAAAUUGUACAGAAUCUUGUAGAAAAUCCCAAAUCCAAAGAAAAGUGCACAGAUGUCUGUCAUUCACACACAGAUAUCACCAUGUGAUUUUCAGCUAGGUUCCUCCAUUCUAUUUGUCUUUCAGGGUACUGGAGCUACUUAGACAUGUUUCAGUCUAGACAUCUCUUCAACUGACAGAUGUCUGCCCUAGAGUCAUUCUGUGCAAGAUCUCAUUUUAUUUUGGGAGUGCUCACUUCUUUCAACAAAGUUUUUACUUUAAACUUAUUUUAAUAUAAUGUAUUUACAAUGUAUUGAAUAAUGUCCAAUGUAUAAUGUAAACUUAUUUUAAUGUAAUGUAUUUACAGUGUAUUCAUUGUAAAUGAGAAUUAAACAUUUAUGUCCCAGUUACAGGAGAACUCAAGUUCAGAUUAUGGGUGUUUACAGAUAUUGACGUUUUCAAAUAAGUAUCGUUUUUGUUGUGAAAUUUCACUCCUCAGGGUGCAUAUGAAUUUUUAUCUUUAUUUUUCUUUAAAAAGAAUGUUUUUAUGUUUAUAAUUAUAACUAGAAUUAGAUUUGUUUAGUAUAGAUGUAGUGGUAUAUUUUAUGCCUUCCAAAGUACUGAAGUAGGUGAUUAGUCUAGUCUUACUUCUGCACAUAGGAAUCUUUUAAAGAUAACAUGUAAAGGCUCAGGGGAGGUUAUCAGUCUUUUUUUGCUUCAUUAUGAAGUAUAAGGAAGGUCUGAUUUGAUUUUGUUUUAUUUCUGUUCUGUCUAAAGGAUCUAUUUCUGCUUGUCCCUUACAUUCAAAUUUCAGUGUGUGUCUGGAACACUCUGCGGUGACUCGAGAUCUCGUUGGAUUAUGUUAUCACACUUUCUGAUAAAGGGGAAUCUAAUUAAUUAAAGGGAAGUGAUUUUUUUUUCAGACUGUUUAAAACUUUUUGGGUUUGCUAACACAUAUUUAACUUAAAUAAUUGAGAAAUACCUGGGAAAAGGACAUCUUUGUUUACAAUUUGAUACCCUUACUCUUCAGUUAAUGGCUGAAGCACAUUUUUAUAUCUCCAAGAAGUCUUCCAGCUACAAGAGGGGACACCAGACUUGGCAUUCCUGAUAUUUCUAAGGUAAAAAGCAAAAAAACACUUUCAGGCCUUCCUUAUACAUCAUAAAAAAGCACAAAUAGGCUACAAUCUCAAUUUUAAUUGAUGUUACCUCUUAGGAUUUUAUUAUUGAUCAUCUUAUUAAAAGUUGUUCAGCAGA